AAGCUACUGUCGCUCUCCAGCUGGCGCUCAGUGAAUUCCCAAUGAGGAUGACUGACGUAUAGUAGGAGUCUAUGCUGACGGAGGCGGGCUGGAGAACUGCGUCAGGUUAGAUGCAGACGCAGGAAACACCGUGUCAAUGCCUUCCAAAUAAAAGGACCUGAAAAGGAACAUUUUAAGAAAACGCUCAGACUUAUGGGGCGAGAGGUGCAGAUGAAGGUUUUAAAGGGCGAUAGCAUAAUGGAUAUACACCGAGUGUGAGAGCGACAGCGGAUUUUUGGGAGCCCAGCCUGAGUGCCGCUAUCUUCUGAAGCUGGAUAUCUAAUCACUGCAAUGACCGAGUCCUCAAAGCCGCCUUUAGGGAGGAGAAUGAAGGCACGUGCCCCACCACCACCACAAGCCCCUCAACCUGCCCCGCGCCACAUCUUCAGAAACACUGUACCUGAUGGGGGAGGGACAUUGGGCAUUGAUGCCAAGGAGAACAUACUGCGGCCCACUGUGGAUUUACAGCUAACCCUACCACAGGGAUACCAGACUAAUGUAACUGAGGAUGGCAGUAAGGCGCUGAUGGACCUGCUGGUUGAGCUUUGUAGCCGCUACCACCUGAAUCCAGCACUACACACCCUGGAGCUGCUGUCGCCCGAGGGCCACGCUUUGGGGUUCAAGCCCAACGCGCUGCUGGGCUCCCUCAACGUGGCCUGUGUCCUCAUCAAGGAGAAAGUCUGGGAGGAGAAAGUGGUGCGCAGGCCGGCACCCAAAGUGCCAGAGAAAACAGUGCGUUUGAUGGUCAACUACCACGGCAGCCAGAAGGCAGUGCUGCGGGUCAACCCGCUGGUACCACUCCAGGCUCUGAUACCAGUCAUCUGUGACAAGUGCGAGUUUGACCCCGCACAUGUCCUGCUCCUGAAGGACAGCAUAAGUCGUCACGAGUUACAACUGGACAAAUCGCUGACGGAGCUGGGGAUCAAGGAGCUCUAUGUACAUGAUCAGAGUUUAGUUCUCCAGCCUAAAAUGGCUUCUGCCCCUGCUCUUAACUAUUCAGACUCCAUCUGCUCCAGCACUACCAGUUUGGGCAGAGCAGAGAAGAAAGGCCUCCUGGGAAUUUUCCAGUUCAGCAGGAGGAAAGCUAAGACAGAGGCAACAUCUAUGGACAUGGAUGACUGUGAUGAUAAUGUAAUCCAAAAUACUGACACACAAUGCGAUGGUCUGACCACAGUGUCAGCGGUCCCCAGCGUAGAAGACAGGCCCAGCACCUUGGGCCAGUCUCAGUCGGUCAUGAGCAUACCAAGGAUGUCUCCAAAAGCUGAGACCAAGAAGAGGAGGGCCCCUGCGCUACCCCAGGUCCCAACACCCAGCAUGGCACACACCAACUUUGAGGGCUAUGAGUUCUAUCAGAUGGGCCUUGGCUCAGAAAGCCAGCAGAGGAAAAGAAAGGCUCCAGCCCCUCCUCCCACCCCAGCCUCCAUCACCCCAGGCCCUGACGACACUUCAACUUCAGCCACUCACAUUAGUGAUAGCCGCACUGAAGAAACACCUACCCCAGCCUCCCGUACCAAGGUGGCACAGUCAACCACCAUCUCUGCUGCCACUGUGGUAACGCAAACAGUAAAACCAGCCCCCUUAAAAGCUCAAGUGCAACCUCCAACUGUGUGCGUGGCCACCCCAACCCCCAGCUCUCCGACCCCAAGCAGCAGCACCUCUGACAGCCUGGCUGUCCAGGACUCAAGCUCUGAACUCAGCCACAGCCUUGACGACUCAGACGCUGACCUGGACCAGACCGGUUCUCAAUGCAGCAGCCUCACCAGCAGCACAGUGAGCGGGUCCGUGCAGGUCCAACCCAAUACGAAAAGCUCAAGCAGCCGGAUGGAGGAAUCCAGCAGUACAGCUAUCAUAGCAGAACAGGAAGUGACCUCAGCCAGCAGCUCCAGGUCUGAGACUGAGUCAGCCCUGAACCUGAAACUGGAAGAAGUUGAGAACAACAGACACAGUGCAAUGGGAACUGCUGAUCGACCAGUACCACCCAAACCUCGUCGUUCCCCAGCCCGGGAGCCACCAGAGCUUGUCUUAGCCCCUAUCCCAUCCUCCCCUCACAUAGAGCCCACAGAAAGCAACUCCCCACAGAGUCCCGUGGAGGCAGAGGAAGAGGCUCCCCAGUCUUGGCUCCACUCCAUGCAGAGCGCCACAGUCACUGACCAGAAACCAGAAACUGAAACACCCGAGGAGGAGACGAUGUCCUUGGGAAGCAGCAGCGGUGGAAGCAGCCUGCCCGACCAGGGUUACGCUGCCUCUGAGGGCAUGGCAGAGGGCGAGGACUCAGGCUUGGUCAGCUCUCUAUCCGACAUUCAACCUACAUCCCCAGAUGGGAGUUUGUCUCUGGAUGGGAGCAGCGGAGGUGGAGGAGAGAGACUGCUGGGACCGGUGCGGGACAAUUCCAGUGACAGCGAUGAGGGAUGUGCCACAUGGGGAUCAAGGCACAGGGACAAUGACAUCAACCUAAAGACAAAGUCAGGCAGGUUAAAGGACAACUAUGAAGAUGACCCAGAGCUCACAGCCCAGCUCCAUCAGACGUUGGCUGAUUUUGAAGCAAACCUUGCAGAUAUAGUUUCAGUGAAGAGGACUCCCUAUACCAUGUCCACUGACAGCAAUGAGGUGCCAGUGUCUGUAGUGGACAUGGAUGUGCCAGUCACAGCCAUAGAUGAGGUACUGGAGGACUAUGAGCAUAACAUUGUUGAAAAUGAGAAAAAGUCACUGACCAGGACUGAAUCUGCUGGCACCAAAGGUCCAGGCUUUGGUCGCCAGUCCAGUGAAGAGACAAAGAACAAAAACAACAAUGCUUGUCCAGCUGCUGGCAGUAAUAAAAGCCGCAGUGAAAAUACUACGCAGCCCAGUAAGUCAAAGGAGAAGAAGUCUAAAGGUGAUAAAAAGGAAGAAAAGAUAUUAGAGACAAAAACAAAAGAGAUCACUGAUGCCAAUGAAAAAGGUGUUAAAAAAGAUAAACAAAGAACAGCACCUAAUGCUGACCUGCAGAAAUAUGGCAAGAGCACUGAGAUCAAACCGGAUCCUGUUAAAAGUAACAUUAUAUCUGUUCAAGAGAAGAAACCUGUUCUUCCACCAAACAUUCAGAGAACGGUAUCUACAGAAAGAGAAGAAGAGGUACACAGAGAUAACCAAAAUAACUCCAGCUCAAAUGCUUCAUAUGGUAAAAUCACUCGCAAUGUCACAUCACGCUUCGGUAUGAAAACGUUCACUGUGGUCCCACCCAAACCCGCCGUCUUACAAGCUGCUACGGGAGUGCCAGCUGCCACAUUAACUGUCGGUGCCAUUAAGAUUGACGAUCAAGGAAACAUGGUGAGAGCGGGUAUCUACAGGAACAAAGUGAGUGGCUCUUCAGAGCUGGGAAUGAAUAACAGUGAGGGGUCUCAACUUGUUGGAAAAGCCAAAGCUUUUUGGUGCUCAAAUGAGAGACAAGAAAGUGCUGUUGCCCAGAACAGAGGUCUCAUUGAUAAGACUAAGGAGAGCCCAGAUGGCCUGAAAAGUACUCCUACUGCAAUCUCAGAAACUACAAUGAAGACUAGUAAUGGUGAGGACCUGAAAGUGAUGCAAACUCCACUUAAUAAACCUGGGGAGAGACUCCAGCCUAAAGUGAUGGUUGAAGAAGCUAAAGAACCAGCGAAAGACAUCAGAGUUGCAAAAGAGGAGCAGCUAGAGAGCAAGAUUUCAGUGUCCAAGCCAAUUAAUAAACCAACCCUUCCUCCUCCUAUCCUUCCAGACCAGAGAAAAGACCUGUUUUUCCUCAAACCAUCAAGAAGAACCUCAAGCCAAUACGUGGCAUCUGCCAUCACUAAAUACAGUAAGACCUCAACUACACCCAGCUCUCACGUACCUGAUUCCUCUGCCUCUUUGAGAACACAGACUGUUGGUUUCCAGAGAUCAGGCCGGUCCAUCCAAGUGAAUCCACACCAGUCUUCCCAGUUAUCUUUGUCAGAUAAUAAGGAGAAUGAAUCUGCUUUUAAAUCCAGCCCUCCCAGUCCGAAGAGGUCUAUGAGCUUCCCGGAGUAUGUGUCAGAUAGCCAGAGGGAUUUUGGUGAAGUGAGAUCGGACAGGGGAGGAUUUGGUAGCAGCGCUGGAUCCAUCAAAGGAAACUCUAAUACACUGGAAACAGAAACAACCAAGAAUAAGCGCUUUCAGUCCACUGGCCCCACCCAAAUAAAUAUGACCGCCAAUAAUGACAGAGAUAAUGGUGAACAUAUUCUGCCCAGAAGUUCCAGUCCUGCCGAAAGGAGUCCUCCACAUUCAUCUGCCAAACCAUCCGCAAUCCCCAAGACUGUGUCGCAAGGCCAGACAAGUAACACGAGAGACAUGCUCAAGGUAGACACUCGACCAACACCUGAUGCAAAACCACAACCGUCUGUGACAGUGGUUGACAGUGGUGUGACGCCUGCGCCUGCAACUGCAACUGCACCUGUACCUCCCCCCAUGACACUGUUUGGCCCAGUGAAAAAGUUCAGACCAGUCAUUUGUAAAUCUGUUGAGAAAGAAACGUCUCUGCACACCAGCCUGAUGGAGGCAAUUCAGACAGGCGGAGGCAGGGACAGGCUCAAGAAGAUGACCACACCUGGUCCCAGCAGCAUGAAGACAGCAUCUUAUGUUGAGGAGGAGAAUGAGAGAUCCGCUCUUCUGGCUGCUAUUAGAGCUACAACCACCUCUGGACGGCUGAGGAAGACCAAAUCUGAGGCUGCUGAUGAGCUUGAGAAGUUCAGGAAGGCUUCUGUGGAGGAGAGCAGUGCGGGCCCUCCCCCCUCUCCCUCCUCUCCCUCUCCUCAUGUCUUUACCCCACCACCGCCACUGCCGCCCACGAAUGCACCUCCACCUCCUCCCCCUGUCCUGCCCCAGGCUAAGCCGAGCACUCUGGCACAUCCAAGUGCUAACGCCCCUGUGAACCCUGCCUUGGCCAGGGAGGCUAUGCUGGAGGCCAUUCGCUCUGGAUCUGCUGCAGAGAGGCUAAAAAAGGUCGCUGUACCCAAAAAGACCGUCAAAGUGAACGGCAGGCUGGGCACAAUCCAAGCAAGCUCCUCGACACUCCCUCCGCAGUAGGAGGGGAAGCCCCCAUCACCACAGCGAGGAGUCAUUUAUCAAGUUUAAUUUCAGUUUUGUUUUUUUGCCAUUGUGCUUUUGCAACAGAUGUUUUGGAAAAGUGGACUGAGUCACAUUUUGAGUGAAUGUUGUUUGAACUUAUUCUGACGAAUUAUGAAAAAGAAAAUAGAGGAUCAAAAAUUAUUUCUACAUGCUAUCAAGAGAAGACUGAUCAAAAGGGGGCUCCACAGCUCUGACCACCAGUCUGGGGCCUUGUGCUUAACCUAAUGCACUAAUGCUUAAAGACUGUAGUAUAAAAGGGAUAUGUCGCUCUCUUAGUAGCCAAACACCUGUAGCAUCUGUCUGAUAAAAGUGUCACAGGUGAAGAGGUUUGCAGUUAAUCCUACUCGCAGAUCUCAGAUCAGAUCUCUCAGUAAGCUUCUAACACUGUCUUUGGUGGGAAAAGUCCAUCCUGUGUCCAUCCUCAUAACAAAUUGCUGUUCCUGAACAUAUCUUGCCAUCUGUACUUGAAUUCAGUAGUUUUAACUGGAAAUCUGUACAAAAAUGUGUGCCAAUGAAAGCAAAUAUAGAUGGUUUAUGAUACUUUAGAUCUUUCUUCUUUUUUUUUUUUUGCUCUGAUCAUUUUUUUAAGUUAUGGAUGCCUUAUAUACUGUUGCUCAGUCAGUGUUAUGUGUAUGGUGUUUGAUGUAACAAUUCUAUAUGGGGUGCAAUAAAUUGGAUAUGGUGAUGUUUUCAGAUUUGAACUACUUCACAUCUGUUUAACAAAUUAAGAUAACACUUCAGAUUGAUCCAAUGUCUGAUUUUUUUUUAAAGGUGUAAUAUUAAAUCCAGAUCUGGUCCGUAAUGCCAAUUUCUGCAGCUCUUGGCUCUGAGGGAGGAGUAGGAUGGUGGAGACAGACUUGUGCCUGUUUACUCAAUGCGCUCCUGUUUUAGUUUCUAACUUUCAUUUGUGCUGCUGUUAAAGAUCUUAAGACAUUGUUAUACAUGAUCGAUGCCCUGCAGAGACUUAUACUUGUACAGUAGAGAUAUGACUGACCGUGCCUUUGAUGUUUGACUGUAUUGGAGAUGAGCCUCUCUUUUUCUGGUCAUUUCAAUAUUUUUGAAGCACUGUUAUUGAAGUAUAUCAAUGGUGGGUGCCACCAGGAGCUAAGAGAUUAUUUUAUUAAUAAACUAGUCACUACUAUUAAGUAGUAUUCAAUACAAACAAGCAGUUGUAGGAAAGCAGUUGUUUAGCGUAUCAGUGGCCUUGAUUUUAGGUAAGUGUUAUUGUGUCUGCUCCUCUGUAGGUGAAGUUUACAGUGUUGAGUAGGUAUGGCUAGAAGGAGGGUGGACCGCUGCCAUUGAAUGGUAUGGUUAUGAAUAAAGUAGCCUAAUCGUCUUACGCGUCCAUGUUCAGGUGUAAACACUUGCUGCUUUGGAUUGUCAGAUUAAUCUGAGUAAAGGGAGUUUAGAUUUUAUUUUAAUUUAUGCUCAGUUUUCAGCACUUGCUCAGUAUUUUACUGAUUAUUUCAUGUUAUUUAGAGAGUGAAACCCUUCAAGCUUUUCUGUUUAUUUUUUUGCCCCCUCGGCUUAGAAGGGGUUGCUUCACAUCUGCUUCCACACACAAUAGCCUGCAGCACAUCAUAGCAUUGUAUAUUUUGUAAAGUAAAGAGAGAUCUCCAGCGAGAAAGACUCGAUUCAACUCUUUGAUAGAGAGGCCGUUUCACUGAUAGUGUGAACAUUUUAUAAGCUAUUGCUUUAUAAGUUUUAAGUGCACAUUGUGUUUUUGUUUUGUUUUUUUUCCUUGGGGAGGUUGCACAACUGUUUUUGUCUACCUAAUUUUUGAUUCAAUAAAUCAUUUUGUAAUCAAG